AAUUCCUUUUUUAGCUGUUUCCUAAAUCCUUUCCUUCACAAAAAUCCCCUUUCUUAAUCCAAACAAAACGCCCUUUUGCUUUCUUUUUUUUUUUUUUUGCUCUCUUUGACCUUUUUAGCUUGUUAGAUUCCCAAGAAUCCAACUUUCUAUCCAAGUUCUAAAAAAAGAUGGAUGUAAAGAAAAGCAAAGCAACAGUGGCACUGAUGAUGAUGUUCAUGAUGUUGUUUCUUGUAAAUUUUCCAGGGUGUUUCUCGGCUGCCAGUCAGCAACCCAACAAUAAAAAGUCAACCCAUCUUAAGCCUCAUAAUGGGUUUCAUUCAUCUUUUCUUUUUCCUGUCACUGGGAAUGUUUAUCCUCUUGGGUACUAUUCUAUAUCACUGUCCAUAGGCAAUCCACCCAAGGUUUUCGAGUUCGAUAUUGAUACUGGCAGUGACCUCACAUGGGUCCAAUGCGAUGCGCCUUGCACUGGUUGCACCAAGCCAAUCGAUCAUCUUUACAAGCCCCAGAAACACAUCCUUGUAAGCUGUGAGCAUCCUUCCUGCGGCGUGGUUCACUUCCCUGAAAGUCCUCACUGCGAGAAACCGGAUGACCAAUGUGACUUUGAGAUUGACUACGUUGAUCAUGGUUCAGUUCUUGGUGUGGUGGUCGCUGAUGUCUUUUCUCUUAGAUUUAUGAAUGGUUCUCUUAUUCAUCUCCCAUUGACUUUCGGAUGUGCUUAUGAUCUGAAAAAUCCUGGCCCAUACGAUCCUCCAGCAGCUGGAGUCCUUGGGCUUAGCAAUGGCAAAGCAAGCAUAUUGUCACAGCUGCGAAGCUUUGAUCUCACAAGAAAUGUAUUAGGCCAUUGUUUAAGUGGGAAAGGUGGAGGAUUUUUGUUCCUAGGAGAUGAUCUCGUCCCUUCUGGAAUGUCUUGGAUGCCUGUAUCGGCCAACUCUAAACAUUAUUUGUCAAGUCCAGCAGAAGUCUUCUUUGAUGGUAAGCCGACUGGUAUAAAGGACCUUAAAGUAGUAUUUGACAGUGGGAGUUCGUACACUUACUUUGGCUUCCAAGUUUACGAAGGAGUUCUCACUCUGGUAAGGAAAGGCUUAACCAAGAAGCCGUUGGACACAGUGCAGGAUAAAGCUCUCCCGAUCUGCUGGAAAGGAACGAAACCUUUCAAAUCUGUUCAUGAUGUCAAGAACUAUUUCAGCACCUUGACACUGAAGUUUAAAGACACCCAGAAUAUUCAGCUGGAGUUACAGCCGGAAGCGUAUCUUAUUGUCACGGAAGAUGGCAAUGCUUGCUUUGGAAUCUUGAAUGGCACGGAAGCAGGAUUGGGAGACUUGAAUGUAAUCGGAGACAUCUCGUUGAUAGGCAAAAUGGUGGUCUACGACAAUGAGAAGCAGCGGAUUGGUUGGAUAUCGGCAGAUUGCAACAGGCUUCCUAACAGUUUGGACAGUAAUUACAAAGAAGAUAUUCAACAACCGUAUGCUGCAAAUUUUGGUAUUUUAGAAGAGAAUCAUCCUAAAACACAAGGUUCGAGUGAGAGCAAUGUUCGGGUGCGCAACCGAGAGCUCUGAUAUCAAAAAAGAGUUGUAAAAGGUAGGGUGAAAAGUAUGUUGGGAAUACAUAUAUUUAUUCGGUAAUACAAGGUAUAAAAAUGUAAAUGUAUUAAUGGCAAAUACAAAAAGGAAAUAGUAAUUUUUGUUCACAUAUAGAUGUUGCUAGAAACCUUGAUGUGUCCUUGUGGAAUUUAGAUACAAGAUUUUGCAAUAUUUGAAAGAUGCAUCACUGUGUUUAAUUUGCUUUUAAAUUCCUUUUAUAUAAUAUAUAAUUGAGUGAA